GCGCCAUCAGGGGGAGGGACUUCUGCAGACACAAAAGCCUGAUGGUGCUGCCAUCAGUGACAGAACAACAGAGACGCUAAAGGAGCAGUUUUGUGUCUGAACCGACCGGCUGUAGGAGACGUGGGAACCGAUGCAAGUUUAUCGGCAGCUCUGCAUCUGACAGAAGCUUCGACAUAAGGGUUGGACUUGAGGAGGAAGGGAACGAGGUGGAUAGACGGGCUUCAGUGUACACAUCAAGAAGAUAAACUACUUCAAUGAAGACACCUGGCAUGGCGGUAUUCAAGCAGCAGCACAUGGAUGAUUUCUAUGAAAUUGGAGAAGAACUAGGAAGUGGGCAGUUUGCAAUUGUCAAACGUUGUAUAGAAAGGAGUACAGGCAUCGAAUUUGCAGCCAAGUUCAUCAAGAAGCGCCAGAGUCGGGCCAGUAGACGUGGCGUAAAAAGAGAUGAGAUUGAGAGGGAGGUGGGCAUCCUGCAGCAGCUCCAGCACAACAACGUUGUCGCACUACACGAUGUGUACGAGAACCGCACAGAUGUGGUGCUCAUCCUCGAACUGGUAUCUGGAGGAGAGCUGUUUGAUUUCUUAGCUCAAAAAGAGUCUCUCAGUGAAGAGGAGGCUACUCGGUUUAUCAAACAGAUCCUAGAUGGAGUCGAGUACCUCCACUCCAAGAGGAUCGUACAUUUUGAUCUGAAGCCUGAAAACAUAAUGCUGCUGGACAGGAAUGUUCAUCUACCCCGCAUCAAACUCAUAGACUUUGGACUGGCACACAAAAUUGAAGCUGGGGCAGAUUUCAAAAACAUUUUUGGAACUCCUGAGUUUGUUGCUCCAGAGAUAGUCAACUAUGAGCCACUGGGAUUGGAGGCAGACAUGUGGAGUAUUGGAGUCAUCACAUAUAUACUUUUGAGCGGCGCGUCACCUUUCCUGGGCGACACGAAGCAGGAAACGCUGGGAAACAUUUCGGCGUUGGACUACGAUUUUGACGAAGAGCUCUUUAGCAAUACAAGCGAGCUGGCCAAGAGCUUCAUCAGACAGCUCCUGGUGAAGGACACGAGAAAACGGAUGACCAUACAAGAGGCCCUCAACCAUCACUGGAUUAAGUCCUGGGACCACAUAGAAGAGGAAAGCGCUGCCCGUGAGGCUGAGAAGAAAGCGGAGCAGCUGAAGACGAAGCGUCUAAAAGAGUACACCAUUCAGUCCCACUCCAGUAUGCCCCAGAACAACACGUAUGCUAACUUUGAGCGUUUUGCCCAUGUGGUGGAGGACGUGAGUCUGAUGGAGAGGGGGCUGUCCGAGGUGGCAGUAGCCCACCACACUCUGCAGGGUGAAAUCGAAGCACUGCUCUCCAUCUACAAUGACAAGGAGAGCUGGUACAAGGAGGAGAGUGAGACUGCGAGGAAGCAUCUGUCCCAGGUCCGUUACGAGUUUUGUAAAGUGGAGGCCACGAGGAGGCUGCUGCAGGAGGACUUGAAGUCUAUAGAUGUCAGUCUGGAGAGCAUCAGUGGGAAGUAUAGCCAUAGGCAGAGUCAGCUGGACGCUCUGAGGCAGGAGCUGAACUCUGAGCUCCAAUGGCUGCAGGAGGUGAUGGGCUCUCUGCAUCCGGAAGGAGCCAACAGCAGCAGUAUGAAUACGGACGUGAAGCAUGCGAUGAAGGAGCUGCUGCACCAGUCCUGCAGGAGGGAACUGAGCCCUGAGGCCAAACAGCCACUCACAGAGUCUGGCUAACAUACACAAAUGAAGAUACUCUUCAAUUGACCUUAAAAAACCGUGACAUUUAAAAAAUACAAGAUUAUGCUGUUUGAAUUCUCCACUUUUUUUUCAGCAGCACAAACUGAAUGUAUAUCUGUCUCUCUACAUGUGCUUAUUUUUCUAAUUUUAAUGUUUUGUGUGAACUCUGGUGAGCGUUGACCAUUUAUUUUCAGUUAAAGUAAUAGUAGGUAUAGGAAUUUGAGGAAAUAAACUUAUUUGCGUUCUUACUAAGCGUUGAAUGAGAAUAUGGAUACCACUUUCACAUCUGUAUGGUAAAUAUGAAGAUAUGAGAGUGUCAUCAAACUCUUGGCAAGAAAGCAAAUAAGCAUCUUUCCCAAAAUGUCUAACUAUUACUUUUAGAUAGCACGAUUAUAGAUGGAAUUAUUCUAAAAUGUAAGUGAUACUAACAGACAAUUAUGCUCUUGUUUGAUUGAGCGGAUUUCUUAGCGUUUUAAUUUGAAGAAUUGAUAUUGUACAUGAAUAUCAGUUCUGGAUGGUUUUACUCUUUUCAAUGUGAUGUAUCAUAAUUUCACAUUUUUUAAUUGAUUUAUUUUUUCAUUCCAUAAUUUUUAUUUUAUUUUAUUGACUGUAUAUAGUGAUGUUUCUUGUUUUUUUCAAAAUGUUUGUCCAUUUGUAAUGUAAGUUACAUGUGUAGUCUUUUUUCCUAUUAUCUCUGAUCUAUUUUUCAUAGAUUAAAAUGUGCACUUUUAGAAUAAGACUACAUGGAUUUAAGUAAAGGUAACUAACUAAUUAUUUAACUAUUUUCUUUAUUUCUUUGAGAUGUUUUAUGAGACAUCAGGAACAACAAAAAUAACAUCGAUAAUAAGAUCACAUGUGUUUCAGUAUGUCAUCUCUUUGUCAGUGUUUUUAGCAUCACAACAGAUAUUCCUGUGCACGGUUCAUAAUUUGCGCCUUUGAUGUACUCACUGACAUUAUCCACUGUUGUCUUAACACUGAAAUAAAUGUUCAUCAUUUAUUAUGUAUCUGGUUGACAGAUUAUUCUGUUUUGUGAUCUGUGAUUUUAAUAUGUUACCUCAGAUUAUAGUGUCAAAAUUAGACCAGUGCCAUCGCGUUAUGUUUUUGAAUUUGCUUGAACAUUUGACAUUAAUAUUAAAGAUACUUCCCCCGUUAUGUCAUCCCUCAUUGUGU